UUUGGAACGCGGUCUGCAGAUGACAGACACUGUGAUGAUUUGUGGCCUCGACUCACUUCUGAGGUCUGUUUGCAGAUGGGUAUUAGUGGUCUAAAAGUGCUAAUUGCAUCAGGCAGCAACAUUAGGAGGACUGGAGCCGUGGUCACACUAGAAGGACAAACACAACAGCGAUCUCAUCAGACGCUGCCUGCCAUGUUCAGCAAGCUGAAGAAGAUCAUCGGGGGUCCAACUGUGGGUCCCACCCCGGCCUCAGCCUCUGGGUCGGCCCCUGCACCGGCUCCUGUCCCGGCUCCUGCCAAGCAGGAAGAAAAACCUGCAGACAAGGAAAAUGAAGACAAGAAAGAUGAUGAAGGCCCUGGCCCAGCUCCAGCUCCAGCUCCAGCUCCAGCUCCAGCUCCAGCUCCAGCUCCAGCUCCAGCUCCAGCUCCAGAACCAGCUGCAAAGCCGACGGCCCCAACUGCAGCACCAGAACCGGCCCCCAAACCAGAGGAAAAACCUGCGGACCCAGCCAAUGGCCAGCCACCUGCUGAAGGUGAGGUGGCCCCUCCCCGGCCCAUUGUGAUAAGUGAGCAUUUUGAUGCUCAACUCAUCGAGAUUGUUAAGCGGUACCGCCAACGGACUGAACAGUAUAAAGAAAAGGUCAUUGACCCCUAUGCAUCCUCCCCAGAGCGCAGCCCACCUGUCACACCCGUCCUGAGAAAAGACGACUACCUGAAGAAAGAGGAGGAGAGGAAACGAAAAGAAGAGGAGGACAAGAAAAGAAAAGAGGAGGAGGAGAAGAAAAAGAAAGAGGAGGAGGAGAGAAAAAAGAAAGAGGAGGAGGAAAGGAAGAAGAAAGAGGAGGAGGAGAAGAAAAAAGAGAAAGAAGAGAAGCCUGUGGAAAAGAAAGAAGAAAAAAAGGAGGAGAAGAAAGAUGACCUGAAGAAAGAGGAGCCAGCCAAAGAGGACAAGUCCAUCUGCCCAAAAAUGAAAUGCACCUUUGUAGAUUUCCUUCUGAAGCCCAUCGAGGACAGAGUGGACAAAAGACUGGGCGUCUCCAUCGAUCCUUUCACAGACCUGCGGUAUAUCGCUUGGCUAAGCGUGGUGACCAUUGCCUUUAACUAUAACCUGUGGUUCAUACCAGUCCGUAUGGCCUUCCCAUAUCAUGACCCGGAGGUCAUUCCAUUGUGGUUCACCUUGGACAUCAUUGCUGACAUCAUCUACGUCAUCGACAUGAUCGUUUUCCAGCCUCGACUGCAGUUUUGUAGGGGAGGAGACAUUAUUUAUGACAGAGUUGUGAUUAAAAAGAAAUAUAGGGAAUCGGCAAGAUUUCAGAAUGAUCUAAUAUCCGUCCUGCCUUUGGACCUGUUAUGUUUCCUGUUUGGAUACAAGUCCGUCUUCAGGAUCAAUCGUUUGAUGAAGUCUGAAUCUUUUUUUGAGUUCAGUGACCGUCUUGAAGGUAUAAUGACCAAAGCGUACAUCUGGAGAGUAAUUCGCACUAUUGGAUACCUGAUGUUUAUUCUCCACCUCAACGCUUCUAUUUACUAUGUGGCAUCUGACUACCAGGGGAUCGGCACGACCAAAUGGGUCUACAGUGGAGAUGGCAGCGCCUACCUGAGCUGUUUCUUCUAUGCGGAGAAAUCCCUCCUGAUGAUCGCAGAACUUCCUUUCCCUGAGACCAUGUUCGGUCAGAUCUUUCAGAUGACCAACUAUUUUUUUGGUGCCCUAUUUUUGUCCAUCAUUCUUGGCCAGAUGAGAGAUGUCAUUGGAGCAGCUACUGCCGGCCAGACCUACUUCCGUGCAUCUAUGGAUUCUUGUGUGUCGUACAUGGUGACGAACCGCAUCCCCAGGCUGGUUCAAACCAGAGUACGCACCUGGUAUAACUACACCUGGGACUCCCAGGGCAUGCUGGAUGAGUCUGAGCUACUGGAACAGAUGCCUCUGGUGAUGAGAAUAGCCAUCGCUGUGGAUAUCAACCUUGCUACUUUCCAAAAGAUCGACCUCUUCAAGGGCUGUGACAACCAGAUGCUGGUGGACAUGUUAUUGAGGCUGAAGUCCAUUGUGUACUUGCCUGGAGACUUUGUGUGCAAGAAGGGUGACAUCGGAAAGGAAAUGUACAUUAUUAAGGCCGGAGAGGUGCAGGUCAUCGGUGGGCCGGACAAUACGAUUGUGUUCGUGACUCUAAAAGCAGGCUGUGUGUUCGGGGAGAUCAGUCUGCUACAAUCUUCAGCCAAUGGCGGAAACAGAAGAACUGCUAACGUAGCGGCUCAUGGAUUCGCCAACCUCUUUGUACUGGACAAGAAAGAUCUCAAUGACAUCUUGAUUCACUACCCCGAGUCUCAGAAAGUGCUGGCCAGGAAAGGACGGAAACUGCUGAAAGCCAAGGGUCCACCUCCUGCUGCUAAAGCCGACGAGGAAAAGAAAAAAGGACUGUCUCUGUUCGGACAAAAACCUCCUACUCCAAAAUUUUUGCGUGCCUUUGCAGGAGCUCCGUUCUCCAGAAAAGGCUUUUUGGACAGACUUAAGACUGCAGCUUCAUCAGAACGUCAAUAAUCACAUGAAAUCCAUUAAAAAUUUAUCUUUGAGGAUUUUUAGUUCUUUUUGAAAUCAUCUACUGUCAUGUAUUUACAAAAUAAAUAUCUUUAUGUAUCUAAAAGUUUUGAAAAUGAGCUCCUUUCCCUGCCAA